AUGGAGAGCGGGGACGCAGCCCAGGGCGCGGAAGUUGAUUUUUACCUUCCCCCCCUCCGCCCCUUCCUGGCCAUCCUGGUGGCUUCCAGCCCCGGGGACGUGAAAGCCAGGGAGGCAUGGGGACACCAUCGGCGCUCCUGGCGGGGCCAGCACGUCCUGACGCCGUUCCUGCUGGGGCGGCGCGCGCACAGCGAGGACACGGCGGCGCUGCAGGACGAGAGCAUCCUCCACGGGGACACCAUCCGCCAGGACUUCGUGGGCACGUGCGACAACCUCACCCUGAACACCAUCAUGGCCUUCCAGUGGGUUGUCUCGUUCUGUUCCAGUGCCAGGUUCUUGAUGAGGACCGACACCAAUGUCUUCAUCAACGCUCCCAACCUGGUGCAGCUCCCGCUGCAGCUGAACUCCUCGGAGAACGUUUUCACCGCGUGCCCCCUCAUCGAUAACUCUGCCUACCGAGGCUUCGACAGGGAAAGGUUCAUCUCCUACCAGGAGUAUCCCUUCCACCACUGCAGCGGCCUGGGGUACGUCCUGGAUGGAAAACUGGCCCUGAGGACUUACGAGUUGAUGGGCCACGUGAAACCCCUGAAAUUUGAGGAUGUUUAUGUGGGGAUUUGCUUGAAUAUACUCAAGGUCAACAUCACUCUUCCAUGAAAUGCAGAACAAUUCUUUCUCUAUAAAAUCAACUUUGAUAUCUGUAAGUACAGACAUUUGAUUGCAGUUCGUGGCCUUACAUCAAGUGAACUGAUCCAGUUUUGGCAGGAUUUGUCAUCCAGCACCUCAAAACCUUGCCUUUGAUUGUGGAUUUAUUUAGAAUCUUCAGUUUGCUGUAAGAGUGGCCUCUAGAAUGACUCUGAUUGC